UCGGGACCGUGUAUGAAGACCAAGUCCUGCCUCUGGCGCACAGCUCGAUGCCCUGGACUGGAUCCGAGUCUAUUACAGAGCAGCAGACACUACCUCUGCCUCUGUGGGGGACAUAAAAACAUGCGGAACUUAAGUCGGGGUGUCUCAUAAACUCAAACAGGGAACUCCCUCGCCGCGUCCGGGCUGUUUCUCCGCGGAGCGCGCACUCCUCCUCCAAGCAUCCGUGAACAUGUCUGCAGGUCUGCCUCCUUCUAAAGCCCUCUACAUCGGGAUGGAGGUGGUGAUCGCGGUGUCCUCGGUCAUCGGGAAUGUUAUGGUGGUCCUGGCUGUGCGUAUUAACCGGUCUCUGAGGGACACCACGUUUUGUUUCAUCGUCUCCCUGGCCUUGGCUGACAUUGCAGUCGGGGCUCUGGUUAUCCCGCUCGCCAUAACAAUCAGCAUCGGACUCCAGACGCACUUCUACAGUUGCUUGCUGGUCGCCUGCACGGUGCUCGUCCUCACUCAAAGUUCAAUUCUUGCGCUGCUGGCCAUCGCCAUUGACCGCUAUCUGCGAGUCAAAAUCCCCAUGAGUUAUAAGCGCGUGGUGACCCCACGGCGAGCUGGCACGGCGGUGUUACUGUGUUGGCUAGUGUCCAUCAUAGUGGGCCUGACGCCCAUGUUGGGCUGGAAUAACUUCCAGCAUCUCCGUGACAAUGGCUCCCUUAUCACUGAUGACCUCUUGGUGACCUGUGAGUUUGAGACGGUCAUCAGCAUGGACUACAUGGUCUACUUCAACUUCUUUGGCUGGGUGCUGCCACCCUUACUCCUCAUGCUGGCCAUCUAUGUAGAGAUCUUCUACAUGAUCCACAAGCAGCUCAACAAGAAGGUGACAGCCAGCCACACAGACCCCAGCCGUUACUUCGGCAAGGAACUCAAGCUAGCCAAGUCUCUGGCCCUGGUUCUUUUCCUCUUCGCAGUAAGCUGGCUCCCUCUUCACAUCCUCAACUGCAUCACCCUCUUUUGCCCUGCCUGUGACAAGCCAAUGUUCCUCAUUUACAUCGCCAUCAUCCUCACGCACGGUAACUCGGCCGUCAACCCCAUCGUCUACGCUUUCCGCAUCAAGAAAUUUCGCACGGCGUUUCGGAAAAUCUGGAAACUCUAUGUGCUCUGUCAGGAUCCUGUUGGUCGACUUCCUCAAAGAGGGAGCCAGAGAGGACAGAGUCACGAGAGGAGGCUAAGGCAAAACGACGAUGACGACGAUGAUGUGUGACCUCUGGGAAGGUAUUGGAUCGCUGGUUGCAACUGUUUAAGUUUCACUCCUCUGGUUUACAGAGUGGAAAAGACUGGGCUUUAUUUUAAUGCUCAAGGGAUUACAGGUCAAAAUGGUCUUAAUGACUUGAGGAAUGUCAGGGGGGUGACAGGGUAAGGAACUCCUUUGUAGACUGUCCGCCCUCUAAUGCAAUCGAAGAGGGCAGGGUUACAAAUCAGUAUGAAGACAGGAUAAACAUCCUGGAUCAGACUUAAUCAAGAAACAACAACAACGAAAUAUAUAUAUUUGUCCACUGACUGACAAAAUGUUUUUGAUGUCGUAUGGGAGAAGGGGCUUUUCAUCAGUUUCAACACCAACCUGUUGAGCUUGAAUCAAUAAGUAUAUAGCUGUAGCACACGCGGUACAGUAGUAGUGGAAGCUGUAUUGUAUUUUUGACCUGUACUAAAACUCAUUCCCCUUUUCAUGUGAAUAAGCUCAAACAGUGCAACGCUGCAUUAUGUGCUUGAUUUCUAAGCUUGGUUUUGUGGCCUAAAGAACAUAACUUGUACUGAAGAGGAACUAGGGAUUUGUGGUGUAUGGCUCUGCUGUGGUCUGCAAGCAGGAAGUUUGCGCAACUGGCUUGGUGUUUUGAGGUUAACCAGAACACAUGAGGUACUAUUUCUCUGACUGCAAGGAUCCAGAAAUGAAAAGGUGAGAUAUAGAACCAGAUAGCUUUGUUGUGAUGAAUCUCUUGCAUACUAACUGUGUUAAUGUUGUCAGACACAAACCCUUUACAGAUGUGAAAUACAUUCAAGGGCAUGUGAAGAUUAAA